AUGUCUGACGAAAGCAUGUGGCGCAGCAUAUGCGGAAAGAAUUACUGUUCGUUCAAGAUGAGCACGGAAGAUAAUCUGCUGUGCAGGAAUCCAAACAAUGUGACGGGAGUAUGCGAGAGGUUUUCGUGUCCGUUGGCGAAUUCGAAGUAUGCAACGGUAAGGGCGGUUGGGGAGUCGCUAUAUCUUUUUGUAAAGGAGCCUGAGCGUUUACAUGUGCCUAAAGACAUGUAUGAGCAGAUAAAGCUGUCAACGAGCUAUGAGGAGGCACUCAGGCAGAUAGAGCAGAAUCUUGAGUUCUGGGAUGAGAAGAUGAUUCAUAAGUGCAAGCAGAAGCUCUCGAAGUUUACACAGUAUUUGCAGAGGCUUGAGUACUUCAAGGAGCAUGGAAAGACUGAAUACAUGGUGCGGAAGAAGAAGAUGAACAGGAGGGAGAAGCUACGUGCACUCAGAUCGCUGAACAAGGUCAAUUUUGAGAAGAACAUCGGAGAUGAGCUAAUGAUGAGGCUGGAGAGUGGGAUAUAUGGAGUGGAGCUGAAGGAUAGAUUCCACAUAGCCAACAAGCAGAUCGUUGCAAGAGAGAAGAAAAUAAAAAGGAAGAAGAGAUAUGUUGCUGAGUUUGAGGAGAGUGCUCAUGUGUCUGAUGAUGAGGGAGACAAGAAGACAAAGAAGAAAGUUGCCAUGACGUGGUAG